AUGUCGCGGCUGCUCGCGCUCUUGUUGGCUCUCUGCGUCGCGCCGGCGGCGUCGCUCACGAUCAGUGGCAGCGCGAGCGCGGUGCGGCCGGGCGGCCGCUCGCUCCGCUUUGUCCGCAUGGAGGACGCUCCCCCGCCGCCGCCGUCCGGCCGCCUCGGCGCGACCGUCGACCAGGAUGGAAAGUCCAAUGUGUGGGCUGUGGAGCCGGCGAUGAAGGUGGACUCGCAGAACAAGGACAAGGGGCUGAUCGCGUACGCGCCCGUCAUCGGCGUCGCCGGCCUCAUCGUCCUGCUCGUGCCGCUGCUGCCAAUCCUCUUUGCCGCCAACCCCGACCAGGCGACCGCUGCCCGAAUCACUAUAGCACAGAGAUGGCAUGGCAAACAUAUGGCAUAG